CUGAUUGCGAUGAUGAGGGACUUCCUGGCGGGACAGCAAAGGAGAGAGGAGGUUUUUUUGGCAGAACUCAGGGGGCUGAGGACUGUUUCCCCUCCCAACGCUCAGCCGCAUUCAGAUUUUGCUGGUCAGCAAAGUCCAGUCCAAGCACCAGCCGGAGCAAGCACCACAGCAGCAACGGCCACACCAAGCACCGCAACAGCAAGCAGCCCCAGAAUGGUUCUGCCUACACCUGCACGUCAAAGAGGAUACCGGGAUCCCCCAGAGGAGGUUCCCUCUCGUCAGUCACAAGCAGUGACCAACAGCCUCGACCAGUCAGUCUCAGAGUGGAUGCGAUCUGCUGGGCCAAAAAUUCCACCCUAUCAGAUGGGGGAAGACAUUGAGAACUAUUUGUUGCGUUUUGAGCGAGUUGCCAAAACCUGGAGAUGGCCAGAGAGUGAAUGGGCCUGUCGUCUAGUUCCACUGCUAUCGGGGAAGGCGUUGGAGGCCUACACUGCAAUGGAUGAAGAAAGAGCCCAUCGUUAUGAAGAUUUAAAAGCUGCGUUGCUAACCAAAUUUGACAUUUCCCCUGAGACGUAUCGGCAGAGGUUCCGGUCCAAUACAGUUCCACCUGGUGAGAGCCCCACAGAGACCUAUUAUCGCCUGAAGGGCCUCUAUCGGCGCUGGAUCCGACCAGAGCAGCAUACGAAAGAAGAGAUGGGAGAAGCUAUCAUCUUGGAGCAGUUAAUCCGCGUGCUUCCAGGGGAGGUGAGGACCUGGGUGAGGGAGCAUGAGCCAGCAGAUGGACUGACCGCCGCUAAGCUGGUGUCACAGUACUUCAAUGCGCGUAAAGGAGCACCACCUGCACGCUCAUCUGGGACGCCACAGUGACCACCACUCCCAUCAUCGGGUCUUCUGAAGAGGGAGAGCAACCCAGAGCCACCCGGAAACCCCAAGGUAUCCAACUUACGAGGGCCGGGUAAGGACUUUCUUUGUUAUUAUUGCCAGCAGCCAGGUCAUAAAGCAUCGGUAUGCCCUCUCCGGAAGGCUAAAGUCACUGGUGCCUGCUAUGCACCCCGGCUGGAGAUGAAGCCCACAAGGGUCCAGCCAGUGGAUGUGCAACGCUAUAAAAAAGUGAAGGUCAAUGGUCAGCAGGCUACUGCUUUGCUGGACACUGGUAGUUUUAUGUCUUUAAUUAAGCAUAGUUUGGUACCAGUGAACAGUGUGGACUAUAGCAGACAGGAAGAA